CCUCUCUCCUCCCCCCUGCUCCUGUCUCUGUCACUCACAGCCGGGCAGGGCAGGCUGGGGCAGUCAUGGCAGCCGCUCUAAUCUGGAUUCUUCUUGCGGUUCUCCUGGCAGGGCUGGGGGAUGCCGAGGCCCCACAGACCACCCUGCAGCCUCUUGUGGGCCGCGUCUUCGUGCACACCCUGGACCAGGAAGCCGUCCUGCGUCAUCCUGAGCACAUCGAUGUCCCCCACACAACCCCUGUCACCUACCACGCCCACCUCCAGGGACACCCAGACCUGCCCCGGUGGCUCCGCUACACCCAGCGCAGCCCCCGCCAGCCUGGCUUCCUCUACGGCACCCCCACCCCCGAAGAUCGUGGGCACCAGGUCAUCGAGGUCACAGCCUACAAUCAGGACAGCUUUGACACCACCCGGCAGAGGCUGGUGCUAUUGAUUGGGGAUCCAGAAGGCCCCCUGCUGCCAUACCAAGCUGAGUUCCUGGUGUGCAGCCACGAUGUGGAGGAGGUGCUGCCUUCAACGCCUGCCAGUCGCUUCCUCACAGCCUUGGGAGGGCUCUGGGAGCCGGGAGAGCUCCAGCUACUCAACAUUACCUCCGCCUUGGACCGUGGGGGCCGCGUCCCCCUUCCCAUUGAGGGUCGCAAGGAAGGGGUUUACAUCAAGGUGGGCUCUACCUCACCCUUCUCUACUUGCCUGAAGAUGGUGGCAUCUCCAGACAGCCACGCUCGCUGUGCCCAGGGUCAGCCUCCACUUCUGUCCUGCUAUGACACCUUGGCGCCUCACUUCCGCGUUGACUGGUGCAAUGUGUCACUGGUGGAUAAGUCAGUGCCAGAGCCCGCCGAUGAGGUGCCCACCCCAGGUGAUGGGAUCCUGGAGCAUGACCCGUUCUUCUGCCCACCGACUGAGGCCACGGACCGAGACUUCCUCACCGACGCCCUGGUCACCCUCCUGGUGCCCCUGCUGGUGGCUUUGCUGCUCACUGCAUUGCUGGCUUAUGUCAUGUGCUGCCGGCGGGAGGGACAGCUGAAGAGAGACCUGGCCACCUCAGACAUCCAGAUGGUCCACCACUGCACCAUCCGCGGGAACACAGAGGAGCUGCGGCAGAUGGCAUCCAGUCGGGAGGUGCCCCGGCCACUGUCCACGCUGCCCAUGUUCAACGUGCGCACCGGCGAGCGGCUGCCUCCACAAGUGGACAGUGCCCAGGUGCCCCUCAUCCUGGACCAGCACUGAGGGCGCAGCCAGUUCCAGACCCAGCCUCCUCCUCCUCUCUCCCCACACGCGUGGAGCCGCGGAUCCACAGCCACAUCCUUCCUGGGGAUUCCGGCUCCUGGCCUGAGGGCCCCCAGGCUUGGAACCAGCAGAGAAAUGGCGGCGGGGGAGGUGAGGGU